GGCAGAUUUGAAUCCAAAUCAUGUAAAUUAUAACUUGAUCAUUGACACAAUUGGUGUAUUUAUAUUCGCUUCUAUGGCAGUUACGUCUAAUUUGACUGCCUAUACUUUAUUGGCAAAAAGACGGAAGGAUUAUUGGCAAGAAAUACAUAAGAAGGCUCAAGAAAUUAAGAAACAGUGUAAUGGCAAACUUACUUAUAUAGAUCUUGAAAACAUAAUGAAAUUGGAUAGCUUUAUUAAAGAAAUGCUUACUGAAAGUUAUAACUUUAUUACAAAUGAAUUUCAAGUUCCACAUGGUCGUCAUGUUUAUUUAGACAUUAGAGCUAUAUCUUUUAAUGAAAAAGUUCAUGAUCAGAAUCCUCAAAAAUUUAAUGGAUUCCUGCAUAGUUCUACAACAAACUAG